AUGAAAAGUAGCUGUUCUUUCUCUCGAAUCGAUAUUUCGACGGUUGGUGGGGUCGGUGGAGGGAAACGAGUUUCUCUGCAUUCCGCCGAGUGGACACUCGCCACAGCCGGUCCGGUGUGAGCGGCCGGUGAGCGACCGUUUCUCAUAUAACUCACUGGGAGGUUCCUUUUUGGGCAGAAGCCGACUGGGUGGUCUAGCAGUAUGCGAGUUAUUCUUGAGGCAUCUGAAAAAAUUAAGAUCAUUGACAGUCAGAAGUAGAUUUGAAAAAAUACACUUUCGGCGGAAGUCAAACGAAAGGUUCAUAUAUUUCGCGGCAAAAAAGUAAUAACAUUUGAAAAUUCAUUUAAUUACUACAGUCGUGUAGAUGAAUUAUAAGGUCGAGAAUUGCAGAAUUACUUGUUUUGUGAUUAAAUCUAGAUUGGAAAAGUAAAAGAUCAUAUCGGCUAUGGAAAUCUUAGCCAAAAAAAUGUUCGUUCAAAAAUAAUUAUUUCUUUCAAACAGCAAAAAGUGAUAUUUGAGAUUAGCUUUUAUCUUCUAUAGCUCUUCCUAGCACAUACCAAGAAUGAAUUUUUUCGGCCGAAAUAGUUUUCAAUCCACUUUUGUAGAAAAUUCGAUAAUUGCCGCAAAAUGGGCAAGGACGGGGGCAAGCGUUUUUCUUCCACAAAAAAAACCGUUAAUACGAACAUUUUUCAACUAGAAUUUAACACCAUUCCCUAAAUACAACGUUAUUUCUGGGACGCGAUACAUAAAGCCGAUAUAUAUCUUAAUUGUGUUGUUAUUUUCUCAGAUUAUCUCCCUUUUCUAGGAUUUUUCAUCCAUCGACUUCGACGCAAAACGCACAGAAAUUAGUACAAAAAGAUUUUUGAAGCAUUCACCCAGGUCCAAGAAUCGGCUAUUUUUUUCAGAAUAAGUUUCUUAGUGCAGAUAAACACUAAUUAAUGCUGUAAGCAACAAAAUAAGAACUAUUUUUGGAUUCAAUUUCGAAAAAUAAAUCUUCAACUAUUUGCAACUAUUACGACAGCAACUUUUUGUGAUCAAUUUUCACAUUUCAGUAAAAAGCAGUUUUUCCGAAAUUAAAAAAAGUUAUGGGAGCGAUAGAGAAAAUUUAAGAUUUGAGAUCGCAUGCCAUGCCAUGUUCAAAGUGAUUCCGCAAAAAUUCAAAACAACCAACAGAUAAAGAAAAAAAAUAUAACUAAAAUUUAGAUAGUCCGAGAUAAUUUCGCAGAAGUUACUUUGAACACGGCAUCAAAAUUGCAACAGAGAACUUUCUUAAUUUUUUUUUUUAAAGAAUUAAAAUCUGAAAUAAAAUUUUGCGCGUGGGAUCUAAUCAUGUGCAAUGCGUACAAAACAAAAUAUUGCACGCUAAGUGGAAACUAAUCGGAAUUAUUCGGACAAUAAAAUAAUCCAUUUUGAACCAAGGUUUCGAAUUCGCACGUAAAAUUUGCUCUUUCUUUGUGGGACACAAUUUUUUAGCGUUAAAGUUUAGUCAUUAAUCAUUUCAUUUACAGAUAUACUGAAUAUUGCCUCGAAACGCUUGUAAAGGAAAUGUUGAGAAAAGAAGGUCGAGAACGCAGUUAAGCACAUAAACAAAACAAUGAACCGUAUUUAGGUGAAAGCCAAGCGUUUUGAGAUGAUGAAUUGGCCGGUCAGACUGCCUUUCCGUCCAAUUUCUAUUGUGAGGCUCACAAACAGUCGCCGCUAUUUCGCGCCUCGACUCGAGGGUCGUCCGGUUGUCCUGCACAUAUCAAAUUGAAGGUUUUUUGUGCGACGAGCCGCCACCGACAGCUUUUCCUUUUUUGGUUUCUCGCCAAUCACAGAGUUUAGCACAGGGAGUCACAAAAAAGGAAAUUUUUUUCUGAAAGCGAAACGAAGAAACUUUUUUCAAAAAGCUGGAAUAAAUUUGGUUGAAAAUUCAAUAACUGAAUGAAGACUCAUGUAAUACUAAAGACAAGGUUCCAAUGAAAAAAAAAAAAAUAAUUGAAUAAUCAUUGGGAAAAUAUUUCGGGUAGUUCAUUUUUUUUUUGUUGCAGUCUCUGUGUCCCUCAGCUUUCUGCCUUUUGAUUUUGAUCGAGGUUGAUGGCCUAGGAGUUGUAAUUGGAAGAAAAAAAACAUUCAAAUUCAUAUGAUUUCUUUGGAAAUAAAUUUGAAGUUUUUUUCCGAGCAAAAAAAGGCUCUCGUGUUUCACUCUUGCAGUUUGAAAAUAUUAAGGUUGCUCAAAUUACUUUUAUAAAAAAAAAUGGCAAUGCCCAUCAGAGAAAUAACCAAAUAACAAUUUGCAAAAGACUACGUCUCAAUUGAUUUUUUGAGCAUCAAUAUCUAAAAACGGUAUGUUUAUCUUUGAUUGAAAAUAACCGCAAAGUGGAUUUUUCUCGCCGCAAACGAGACGAGUGAUUGUUUCGAUUGCACUUGUCAGAGGCGACUUUGUAUUUAUACAGUUGCUCUCACUUUCUUAGUUCUCUCAGCCUCAGUUCACUUUACCUAAGACAUUCGCCACACACAAGCACGCACGCACAGACCGGCCAAACACUUCCGUCAAGCGAGAACUUCUCCGUCGGUGCAGGGGUCGGCAAAUCCCUUUCAGAACCUUAUUUUCGAAAUUCGAAAAAGUUGUAAAAUUCAAUGUUGCGUUCUAAAUAAAGAUAUUUCUGGCCUUGUUGCGAUAUUUCUCUUUAUAGGUUUAACAGAAUAAGCGCUGAAUAAGUGAUCAUCGUAAACUAUGCCAAACAAACAAGUAUUCAACUAAUUAUACACCCAAAAAAUGUAUUUUUUUCUACUUUAGAUUCACCAAUGCGAAACGAACUCAGAACUUAAUCAAUUCAGCUUUGAAAAUGGCGAAAAAGGAGCUUAGAAACCGUGUUUAGGUCGAGCCUUGAAGUGGUCGCUCCCACUUCGAGUGAAGAAUUUACACGAACAAGCUGAGAUUUCUUAAUCUCCUUCUCAAUAAAUAAAGGUUCAUUAAAUUUGCCACAUAUUUAUGAUUAAUUUUGACUUUUCCAGCAGUUCCUGAGAACUAAAAAGUUCUCGGAAUUAAAAACAAAUCUUUAAACUGUCUGUAAGUAAAAUAGGUCUCCUCUCUUUCGACCAAAAAAGUUUUCUAAUUUGAAAAGCUGGCCUCGAGGCCCACAUAGUCAUUUAGUAAUACUGUCAAAUGUAUUGUAGUUUUUGAUAACAUUUCAUGAGAGGUUUUCCUUUUUUCAGAUACCAUCUGCUUUUUUUCGAUCAAAUAAAAAAACUUGAAAUGAUAAAAAAAUUUGUUGAUAACAAUAUUCUUCAAUUUAGUUCUUGCGUGUGAAAAAAAUUAAGGAACGCAUGAAUAGUUUUUUAUGAAAUUAUAAGAUUUCCAAUAUUUUUUUAUAUACUGUCGGAAUGUUGAUAAACAAUUGUGUAGGUUGUUAAUAUCUGUAGUCUGUUCAGAUUUUGAAUGCUAAACAGCUAACUCCGCUCCUGCUGGCAAAGUGUUUUCUCCCUUCGAACUUUUAUCGCGCGGGACGAUGAUCUUUCAAUAGCGCUGCUUUUUUUUGACUUUUUUCAUAACUCUUAAAUAAAAAAGUUGUCAGUAUUAAAGGAUCAUCGUCGCGCGCAAAAACUGAUAGUAACCAGGAAAAAGUAGUGUGCCAACCGGGACGAAGUUAUCUGUUAGACAUUCAAAAUCUGAACAGACUAUAUAGUUCUUCAAUGUAUGUUUCAACCUAUCAUCAAGAAUUUCCAAGUUUCCGAGAGAAUCAUGCUUUUUUCAAGUGAAAAAGGCUGAGACCGAGUCCAAUUAGUCGAAAAUGGUCUUCUGACAAAUCCCCUGGAGAGAUUCAGAAGCACCUGAUCUAACUGAACGGACCUGCUGGCAGGCCGCCGAGGCUCAUAUUUCAGAGCGGAAACAGGCGCGUCACCCACAAGUCAUCACACACAAGCAGCUGAAGAUGUAGAUGAGCCUUGUCAGUGGGUUGCAAUGUUGCCCCACGGGCAGACUCCGCCUUCCGAUCCUUCGCACUCACUCACUCACGCUUACACAUCACGUCGGCUACGCUCACACCACUCGCUCACGUUUUCCGGACCUCCUCCUUGAUCUACAGCCUGUCCAUUGUGGGUCCAGUUCCAAAUGA